UCGAAGCAAAUGGAACAUCCCGAGGAGCAUUAUUACAAAGUGAAUCGAUUUCUUCUGUCGGUUACCGGACUAUGUCCUUAUCAAAGCAAAUGGAGAGCUCGUUUAAUAAGAGCUGUUUUAACGGUCACCAUGUUAAUAACUAUAGUUUUGCUGAUUAAUAGCAUAUUUAUUACAUCUGACAUCACUGUGGACUAUAUGGUGGAUUGGAUACCGGCGUUUCUAAUUGUAUUGAUUGCCCUGACCAACUUGUACACGCGUAUCAUACACGUGGACAAAUUUAGAGAAUUAUUCGAGCGUAUGUCGAGAGACUGGGCGUUGCAAAAGACACACGAUGAAGCCAAGAUUAUGCACGAGCAUGCUGAAACUGCAAGAUUGUUCACACUCUGUUGCCUGAGUGCGGCGUACAUAUUUGUAGGGAUAUACAUUAUAUGGAUGUUCUCAUCGGAAGUUCUCGACAUUAUAUCGCCUAUGAACGAAUCUCGCCCGCAGAGGCAACCUAUUAAUAUUCAAUUCUUUAUAGAUGAUGAGCGGUACUCUUACCACGUUCGGACCCAGAUAAGCGUCGUGCUUCUCGUCACAACUACAAUUUAUAUCAGUUGUACCGGUCUUUUUCAGACUCACGCGCAACACGUUUGUGGAAUGUGCGAGUUGUUGGGGUAUCGCGCGGAACGCUUAUUUUGCGUUGUCAAAAACGAGGUGGCAUGUGAUUUAAAUCAAAAGUCACAAAUAAGUUACGGAAAUAUAGCCAUUUUUGUACGGCAGCAUUGCAACAUUAUAAAAUUCGUUGAUAUUAUCGAGACUUGUAACACAAUACAGUUUCUAAUAGAUCUCAUAGGACAUAUAAUUAUGAUGAGUCUGACACUAAUCCAGAUGUUAACUUUCUCCAAUUUCGAACGAGCUUUUAGAUCUAUCAGUGUUUCCAUUGUAGGUCUAUGUUAUAUGUUCAUGUCUUGUUAUAUGGGACAAAGAAUCAGGGAUUCGAGUUCAAGUAUAUGUGAGAAAAUAUUCAAUUGUGCAUGGAACAAUACAGUUGUUCCAAAGCAGAAGGCAUUGUUAAUAAUAAUGAUGCGACGCUAUCGUCCGCUCAUCUUGACCGGCUGUAAAUUUUACGUGAUGUCUUUGCAGAAUUUCGGAAUGAUACUUCAGACAACGAUCUCCUAUUGCAUGUUCAUGAGACAAUUCUGAAAGUGUUUCUGUCAAAUUGUAAUUGUAGAAGUAGCGCAGAAAACAUUCGCGGGAAUGUUACACAUGCACUAAUCUUCUUCUUACGAUCAUAUCGAAAAUUCUUUGUAAACACAGGAAUCUUUUGGUGUUAUAGGUAAGUAAAUUCGCAGAAUAAACGCGUGAUGUAAUAAAAAAAGUAAAACAACUCACAAAGCAUAUGUGAAUACUUUGAAAAGAACAGAAUAUACUUUGGAAUAUUUAGGACAGUGUUACAAUUUUUUUUAAUAACUUUUAUUUUUUAGUGAGAG